UACCCACCAAUGCCAUACGCAAGAAAGAUCAUCUCCUAUAAGAGAAUGUGAGUUGAAGUACAGACCCGGGAACUUAUCCGGAUCCGGGUCUCAAAACCAUGGCAAAACUGCGAGUAAAGGUGGCAGUGAUUGGGGCUGGCAUGUCGGGUCUCAUUGCAGCCAGGGAGCUCCGCCGCGAGGGGCACCAAGUGGUGGUGUUUGAGAGUAGCAAUGAUAUCGGCGGUGCGUGGCUGUAUGACCCUAGGGUCGAAUCCGACGCAUUGGGAUUGGAUCCGGGCCGCGAUGUUGUCCAUUCCAGCAUCUACCGAUCGCUCCGGGUGAACUCGCCAAGGCAACUCAUGGGUUUCUCGGACUACCCAUUUGUCUAUAAGGGAAGUGGGGACCCGAGGAACUUCCCAGGUCAUGAGGAGGUGCUCAGGUUCUUGCGUGGUUUCGCAGAUGAUUUCAGGCUGAUCGAGUUGAUUCAGUUCGGGCACAAAGUGGUUCGGGUUGAGCCAGCCGUCGAGGGGAGGCAGGACCAGUGGGCCGUGGAGUGGCAGACGCGCUGUGGGGAGGCGGCGACUGGCAUGGAUGUUUUCGAGGCUGUGGUGGUUUGUAACGGCAAGUACACCCAACCAAAGAUUGCUGAAUUUCCAGGGAGAUUAGGAUGGCAAGGAGAACAGCUACAUAGUCAUAAUUAUCGAGUUCCCGAGCCAUAUAAAGAUAAGAUUGUGUUGAUAAUAGGAAGAGGGAUUAGCGCAACCGACAUAGCCAAAGACAUCUUACCUUUUGCAAGGGAAGUUCAUCAAGCCUCAAGAGAGACAAAUCCCCAAGUUCUGACAACAAGAAAGCUCCCUGGGGUCUUCCAACAUCCCAUGAUAGCAUGUGCCGAAGACGAUGGUGAAUUGGUGUUUCAAGAUGGAUCAUCUAUAUAUGCAGAUGUUAUCAUCCAUUGCACUGGAUAUCGUUAUCAUUUCCCAUUUCUGAAGACGAAGGGACUUGUGAGUGUGGAUGACAAUCGAGUGGGGCCCUUAUAUAAACAUAUUUUCCCACCAAGCCUAGCUCCUCAGCUCUCUUUCAUUUGCAUACCUUAUCUGACUUUUCCGACACAACCUAGCGAGUUACAGUCGAAGUGGGUGGCCAAGGUUUUAUCUGGAGAAUUGGUGUUGCCAAGUGAAGAAGAGAUGAUGUCUUCUGUUCAAGAACAUUACCAGCGCAUCGACGAGCUUGGAUGGCCCAAGCAUUACACUCACAGGCUUGAAAUUGGAAAGUGUGAGUACGAGAAGUGGCUUGUGGAUCAAUUGGGACAUCCAUCCUUGGAACAAUAUAGAGAGAAGAUGGCUCUUAUUGGACUCGAAGCGUUGAAAUUCGCGAAAUCUUCUGAUGAAAAUUGGCGAGACACUUGGGAUAUUGAAAAGUGGCUGCAAGAAGAAGGAUUCGACGAGCAAACUCCUGGAAUUGAUCUUGAACAUCAACCGGAACGCUUGUAAUCACUAGAAAGCUAGCAGACUAAGAGUUUGAUUUGG